AUGUCCCUGCUUUUCUGUUCCUUGAUUUUGCUUCUUUUAUACGUGCCUUUGUUUUGCGAUGGAGGCUUUACAAGCCCCUUCCUAAGGAAAUAUCCGUCUGUUGAUAUGCCAUUUGAUAGUGACGUAUUUGCAACUCCUCCGGGCUAUAAUGCUCCUCAGCAGGUUCAUUUAACACAAGGUGACCAAUUGGGAAGAGCCAUGAUCGUGUCAUGGGUGACUGAGGAUGAACCAGGAUUGAGUGUAGUUCAUUAUUGGAGUGAGAACACCCCCCACAAGUUGGUGGCACAGGGAAGAUAUGUUACCUAUAGAUACUUCAACUAUGCAUCUGGUUUUAUUCAUCACUGCACACUUAAAAAUCUAGAGUAUGACACUAAAUAUUAUUAUAAGGUGGGAAUUGGGCAUACUGAGAGACAAUUUUGGUUUGUGACCCCUCCUGAAGUUGGUCCGGAUGUACCUUAUACAUUCGGUCUCAUUGGGGGUCUAGGUCAGACUUCUGAUUCAAACAAGACCCUUACU